GACAUUGAUGACGUCAGCGCGCCGUUAGCCCGGUGUAAACAUGGCGGAUUCUGGGCCCCCAGGAGCCCAGCAAGGUUCAGAUACUAACACCCCGGUUUGUAGCUUUCUCUUUAAGAAAAGCACGAGGAAGUUCGCCGGACGGAAACGGAGAGAGCAAGAAAGGGGAAGCAGUGAGGAGGAUGAAGGAGAAUCUGUAGUCAGAAGAAAAAAGAAGGAAUCCGUCAACCCGAUGGUCCAGAAAACUAAGUCCAGUUUGAAGGAAGCGGCUGAUUAUAGAGCAAGUAGUAGUGAUGAAGAAGAUGUGUCAACAAAAUCCAUCAAUGUGUCCUACAAAUCUAGCAGAUCUGCGAAACCAGUGGGGCCAGACGAUAUGGGAGCCACUGCCACUUAUGAACUUGAUACGGAAAAAGACAAGGAUGCCCAGGCCAUAUUUGAGAGGAGCCAGAAAGUACAGGAGGAGUUGAAAGGAAGGGAAGACGAUAAGAUAUAUCGGGGCAUGCACAAUUACCAGAAGUUUAUUAAACCAAAAGAUACGUCUUUGGGAAACGCUUCCUCAGGCAUGGUGAGGAAGGGACCAAUUCGUGCUCCUGAACACCUGAGAGCCACAGUUCGGUGGGAUUACCAGCCUGACAUCUGCAAGGAUUACAAAGAGACCGGAUUUUGUGGAUUUGGAGAUAGCUGCAAGUUUCUCCAUGACCGCUCAGAUUACAAACAUGGCUGGCAGCUGGAACGGGAACUUGAAGAAGGACGUUACGGAGCGAACGAUGAGGAGAAUUAUGAGGUCAGCAGCGGUGACGAAGAUCUGCCUUUUAAAUGCUUCAUCUGCAGAGAAUCCUUUAAACAACCCGUAGUUACCAAGUGUAAGCACUAUUUCUGUGAAAGAUGUGCCCUCCAGCACUACCGGAAAUCCCAGCGUUGCUAUGUGUGUAACACACAGACCAAUGGCGUCUUUAAUCCUGCUAAAGAUUUAGCUGCCAAACUAGAGAAGCACAAGGCAGCCGAAGAGGCGGAACAUUCCACUGAAGAGACAGAGUAACUCAGCAGAUAUUUCUUGUAUAUAGUGUUUUUGUAAUGAAUUAAAGGUUUCUACAAAAAACAACAAA